AUGGCGGCUGCUCCAAACGAUAUAACUAAAGACACUAUCAAGCUUGGUCAAGUCGAGACCAACACCGAAUCUGUGCUCGUCCAGUGGGGUCAAGUCGUGGAGAUUGACAAUGCCUACUUGCAAGCGUCGUGGACAACAAGAUUCUGGCGCGGCGCCUUGUUCCAGAUGAUAUUGUUCGGCUGCCUAUCCUUUGUAGGCCCUGCGAUGUCAGACGCCAUUUCGAAUCUUGGUGGUGGUGGCCUCUCCACACCAUUUUUGGCCAAUCUAGCAACCUCACUGAACUAUGCAGCCGGAUUCGCCACAACUAUGGUUGGAGGGCCUGUGGUCAACAAGCUUGGGAUCAAAUUGUGUUGUAUUCUCGCUGCACUUGCGAUGCCUCUUGCUGGUAGUGGUUAUUAUGUCAAUGCGAGGUUCGGCGUUGACUGGUAUCUCCUCUUCUCCAGAGCUGUGGGAGGAGUUUUCAGUGGUCUUCUAUACGUGUCGGAAAGUACUGCCAUGCUGUCAUAUCCACAUCCAAAUGAUAGAGGUUUAUACCUAGGCAUUUGGUCAGCCAUGCGAAACAGCGGUAGUGUUAUUGGUGGUGCGAUCAAUUUUUCCAACAACAGUGGCAGCCCCAAAGCUGGAGGCGUUACCUGGUCCACGUACCUCAUUUUUAUUGCUUUUGAGUCUACUGGAAUAAUCUAUGCUUUGAUGCUCUCGAAGACUAGUAAGGUUCGACGUCCUGACGGCAGCGGCGUCGCGAUGGCUCAAGAUAUCUCGUGGGGUCAAGAAUUCAAAGCUCUCUUGAAACACAUGAAGCUCAAGAAGACAUGGCUCAUGUUUGUUCCUGCGUUCUACUCCUUUUUCUACGGUGGCACCAAUGGAACUUAUCUCUCUCUGCACUUCAGUGUCCGUGCACGCGCACUAUCGUCUCUGUUGAGUCCAACCAUCACGAUUCCCAUGGUCAUUGCAUUUGGCAAGCUCUUGGACACGAAACGCUGGCCUCAACGGAAGCGUGCAUGGUUGAGCUUCUUGUGCUGGAUCAUCCCUCAAGCUGGCUGUUUUAUCUGGAUUGGGAUCGAAUAUAGCAAGUUCGGAACCAAAAAAGCGGCACUCGACUACGAAUUCGAGAGAAACAGAUGGGCAGAAGCCUACAUCCCAUAUCUCCUUACCUUCGGCACCGGGUACGUCUGCCAGUUGUCAAUCUACUGGAUCCUAGGUACAUUCUCGACAGAUGUGAAGUCUGCGGCACGUACUGGUGGACUCUUCCGCGCUUUCGAAACCCUAGGCCAGACCGUCUCGUAUGCGAUUACCUCAAACAAAAAGACCGAUCCCAGGCGUGCCUUUUAUGUCAACUGUGGUAUCAUGGCUCUCACCAUUCCCUGUAUGAUUGGACUCAUCGGUCUCGUUCCAGAAGCUCCAGCCGAUUAUGACAUUGAUGUUGAAGGUCCAGUGCCUCGUGAAGUAGUGCCAAAAGCAGCAGAAGAAAACAGACACGCUGUUUGA